GUGACACUGACUGACUGACUGACUGGACUGACCUGCCACUCCCUGCUCAGCCUUGACCCUCUUCUUCUUUCUUCAUCUUCGCCCCCAUCUCUACUAUUCCUAGUUCAAAGCACCCAAGUGGAGAUCCAGGACACUGCAAGACAUUGCAACACCGCCACUACCCGCCACUCCUUCUCGUCAAGUCUCACAUGCCCCCCAGCCUUACCGUUGUGGAGAGCACCCCCUAGUGCAGUGCCGGGCUAAUCCUGUACACCCCGGACUAGCAGCCUUACCCUACCCUAAACCCUAGAGUCUGGGUCUGUGCCUUAAGACUGGAUCAUUCUCACCCAUCUGCUGGAUUUCCCGCUUAGACGCACUGGCCUACUCCUCUCGCAUGAUAUACAACGCACGCUUGCGUCGAUUGAAGACCAUUUGAAGACAACCACACCUCCCUUUUCGCAACUCCUCUUGGACUUCCACAUACCUACACACAGUCACGUUGACCCCAAGGAUGACGUUCUUCUCUACUGAGGCAGAGCUAGCGCUCAUGGCGCCUGACGAUGGCAUGGGUCAAAUGUACCCCUCCAGCACUUGCCAAUCACCUCCGAACAUCAUGUACUCACCACCACUCCACCAUAUGUCACACCGUCCCUCGACAACAAUGGCUGGCCACGGUGGAAUGUACACCCCUCCACAAGACUACAGACCCAUCAUGGAAUCACCAUACCCUCCCCACCCCUUCUGGACCUCGCAGGCCCAGUCGAUCCCGAUGCCUCAAGUGUCGUCGUACGCUUACCCUCCAUACACUGACAUGGGAUCUCCUCCCAUUCUCUCCCACGACUCGACCCUUCUCUCACAGUAUCCCGGCGCCACUCGACCAUCAAGAUCACACUCGACAUCUUCAUCAGUGGGCCACGGUAUUGCGUCCAGCAUCCCUUCAGAGACUUCGCCCCCCGCGCUAUCGCGGUCGCUUUCCCCUUCAUCGCCAGACCUACGAGCGUAUGGCAUCCCAAACAAGAACGGCACAUGGAGUUGUGCGUACCCAGGAUGCACAUCAAGAGCAGUCUUCACCAGGGGGUGUGAUCUCCGCAAGCACCACAAGCGACACACCAAGUCGUUCUUCUGCCGACACGGCGACUGCCCGCAAUCUCAAGGAGGAGGAUUCUCAAGCAAGAAGGAUCUUGCGAGACACGAGGCAAAACACAACCCGGGCGUCUUGUGCGACUGGGAUGGGUGUGACAGAGUUUUCAGCCGCGUGGACAAUAUGAGAGACCACGUCAAGAGAAUACACCUCAAGUCGUCACGGAAAUCGUCGACAACAUCAGCAUAAAGAUGGCGGUUUACUCCACCGUCUCACUUUUACUUUCGUUCAAGAUACCCUGAUUGCCACAUCGGUCGCUAUUGUUUUUGUUUUUUUUUACUUCUCUCUUCAUCUACGAUUGUAGUGCCUUUUCACAACUGCAUUACUACGGCGUUUUCCGCAGACUAGAGCACGAUCCCUGGAGUCAUAUGGACUAUUCCAGGAUGUAUGCAUCACGGGCAGGACGCUUGCUAGGAAUAGGGUGUAUAUACAGAUACAGGUGCAUAUGGGCCGCGGCCGCCUGCACUAGCUAGAUACGAGUGACGUCUGCUGACAGAGCGAUGUUGCUUUGAAUUACAUACUACACUUUAGUCGCAGAC